GUCUAUCAUAUCAUAUUGAUAGAACUUUUCCUGAAGCUGCACUGCUUUCUGUUUAACAGGAGGAAGGACACUAAACGGAUUGUUUCCUUCAAAAUGAAUCUAAGACAUAUUGUUGUCAUUGGAAUAUAUGUGUGCCUUUGUUUAAAGAGCACAGAUGGUCGUCACAUACGUGAGACGGGUUUAAAGAGCACAGAUGGUCGUCACAAACGUGAGACGGGUCCGUGCAAUCCAAACCCGUGCCAAAAUGGCGGUACAUGCACGGUUGAUGGUACAGAUUACACGUGCAACUGUACAAGACAUUUUGUAGGAAGAGAUUGUGAAAUCUAUCAAAUAUUUUGCUUAAAUGGCGGUUCAUGCACGGUUGAUGGUAAAGAUUACACAUGGAAUUGUACAAGUCAGUUCGGAGGAAUAAAUUGUGAAACUGAAGGUUUAAAGAGCACAGAUGGUCGUCACAAACGUGAGACGGGUCCGUGCGAUCCAAACCCGUGCCAGAAUGGCGGUACAUGCACGGUUGAUGGUACAGAUUACACGUGCAACUGUACAAGUCAGUUCAGAGGAAGAGAUUGUGAAAGUACAGGACAAUGUAGUACAGGAUGGCAUAUUUAUGGUGACAAAUGCUUCAUAUUCAGCUCCAGCACAAAAACCUGGGAAGCAGCUAAUACUUCAUGUGUGAAUGAUUACAGUGGAUAUCUGGCAGAAAUCUACAGAGCAAAUGAAAAUAACUUUCUUGAAUAUACUGGGAAAAAGAGGAAUAGUUUCAACAUUAACGACAGGUGUUUGGUUUGGACUGAAGUGGCACAAUGGCGAGGACACAUUCUACUGGGUAACAUCCGGCACUUUAUAUACCGGGUACCGGAUUUUCAAAUGUUGACUGCUACAAGUUUGACCAAAGUGACGGGUUAUGGAGUCAACUUGACUGCUCUACGAGUUCUAACUACAUUUGUGAAAAAGAAGCGGCAAACGACCCAUGUUUCCCCAAUCCUUGCCAAAAUGAAGGUACAUGCAUUGUUAAUGGAGCUGAUUAUACAUGUAAUUGCCAAUCUGGUUUCGAAGGGAAAAGUUGUGAGGCUUGCAUGUGUAGCAGACGAGAGUGCUUAUGUAGCAGAAAUAAUCAAUGCCGAGGAGAAUUCACUUCUGCAGACGACCGGUAGCGCAAUUAUAACAUUAACAACGGGUGUUUGGUUUGGACUGAAGUGGCACAAUGGCGAGGACACAUUCUACUGGGUAACAUCCGGCACUCUAUACAACUACAGAAACUGGCUAGGGGGUUGGGCAACCGGAUUUUCAAAUGUUUACUGCUAA